GUCGCCCCCUGGCGCGGAGGCGGGCCGGCCGCCGGCCCCCGCGCGGGUGGCGGUGCAGCCGUGCUCGAUGUCGUGCGGGCGCGGCGCCGUGCCGUCGCUGUCGUGCGCGGCGUGCCUGUGCCUGUACCACCCCGCCUGCGCCGGCUACACGCACGCGCCGCCGCCGCACCCCUUCAUGUGCAAGAAUUGCCGCAAAUCCACAUCGCCGCCGCUAGAGCCGCACAAGCCUGGCGCCGGACUGCCGACCCCCGUCCCGGUCCCGGUCCCGGUGCCCGUGGCCACGCCGGUCCCGCGCCGCGUGCCCGUGCCCGGGAAGGUGCCGCGCGACAAGAGGCUCAUGCUCAGGAUGAAGGUGGCGGGCGGCGGCGCGGACGGGUCCCGCGUGUGGGCGGUGGCGGGCGGCGCGGCCCCGCGCGCGCUGCCGCCGCAGGGCCUGGCCGUGCUCAACGGGAGGCGCUUCGUGGUCGUGCCCCGCACGCUGCUCACGCACCCCGCCAACUGA